GCGUGCUUCUGGUCCGUACCGUGGGCGGGACAUUGUUAUUGGGCUGUGUAAGGAGGGCGGCCUUUUGCGCCUGGGUUAGUGACUUUUCACUGGAAAAGUUAUGGAAGCUUCGCCUGAGCUCUCCCGGCAUAUGGUUUACCAACCUAAUUUUGGAAUGAGAUCUCCCCAGAACAGCAUUUCAGACUUUCAAGAUGCUCAGAAACACAAUGAAACUUCUAGAACCAUGCCGUUAUCUGGACAUGUUGGAUUUGACAGUUUACCUGACCAGUUAGUCGAAAAAUCAAUUCGACAGGGAUUUUGCUUCAACAUACUUUGCAUUGGGGAAACUGGUAUUGGAAAAUCAACAUUAAUUAACACACUAUUCAACACUAACUUUGAAGAACAGGAAACCAGCCAUUUUGAGUCAUCCGUAAAGCUAAAAGCACAAACCUAUGACCUCAAGGAAAGUAAAGUUCAUUUGAAAUUGACUAUUGUAAAUACAGUUGGAUUUGGAGAUCAAAUAAACAAAGAAGACAGCUACAUGCCUAUUGUGGACUACAUUGACAAACAGUUUGAAGUGUAUCUGCAAGAAGAGUUAAAGAUUAAACGUUUGCUAUAUGCAUAUCACGAUACUCGUAUUCAUGCCUGCCUUUACUUCAUUGCACCUACUGGCCAUUCCCUAAAGUCCCUUGAUUUAAUAACUAUGAAAAAGCUUGAUAGCAAGGUAAACAUAAUUCCUGUCAUUGCUAAAGCCGAUGUGAUUUCUAAAUCCGAACUGCACAAAUUCAAAAGUAAACUGAUGAGUGAACUUGUCAGCAAUGGUGUUCAGAUAUAUCAGUUUCCAACAGAUGAUGAAACCAUUAACAAAGUUAACUCCUCCAUGAAUGCACAGCUUCCAUUUGCAGUGGUAGGAAGUAUGGAGGAAGUCAAGAUAGGAAACAAAAUGGUGAAAGCUCGGCAAUAUCCUUGGGGAAUCGUACAAGUGGAAAAUGAGAAUCAUUGUGAUUUUGUGAAGUUACGGGAGAUGCUGAUUAGUACCAACAUGGAGGAUCUCAGGGAACAAACCCAUUCACGACAUUAUGAGCUGUACAGGCGCUGCAAAUUGGAAGAAAUGGGAUUCCAAGAUAUGGGACCUGGAGAUAAGCCAGUAAGUUUGCAGGAGACCUAUGAAGCUAAAAGACAAGAGUUCUUUGAAGACCUUAAGAGAAAGGAGGAGGAGAUGAGACAGACAUUUGUGCAGCGAGUGAGGGAGAAAGAGACUGUACUGAAAGAGGCAGAAAGAGAGCUGCAGAACAGAUUUGAACAACUGAAGAAGCUCCAUCAGGAGGAAAGAGAAAGCCUAGAUGAAAAAAGGAAAGAACUUCAAGAAGAGAUGAACACUUUUAGCAAGAGAAGGGCAGCUGCAGAAUUGCUGCAAGCCCAGGCCUUUGGAAAUGUUGCCAAUACUAGUUUGAAAAAGGAUCGUAAAACGUUCAUGUGAUUGCAAGAUACUACAUAGAAGAGAUCGCUACAUCCCUGCCAUGAGUGUCAUUUGUAUUAUUUCUCCUGUAAAAGUAAUUGUAUUUGAUGUACUGAUGCUCAAAGAGGAUAUUUUGGGAUAACAUUUUGCCAAACCUCAAGCGUUUAGGCAGCACCACAAUCAACUCUUGUCUCACUGUAACUGCUUCAGUGUCUUAAUUACCUUUUGUAAGGCUGGACCUUCUGAGCCUUUCCAUUACUACUGCAUGGAACCAAAGAGAAAUGCAGAGAACUGCUUUCAGCUGCAGGAGCAUGGGAAGAUUUGUUACCAUUAUAAACAAAAGGGAAAGGACAUUUCAGUGUAAAUGUUUACUUUUUUUUUAUAUGAUUUUUCCUAAUAUGAGGCAUAUUGCAAUAAGUUAACCCUUUCGCGGGUGAUCGCACAGUUACCUGCCAUUGUGCAUCAGAUAUUACUCCAUUUGCUUUAGCAAGAAGAAGGAAUAACAGGGAGUGUGUGUAAACAUAGCUCUGAGACCAAGGAGGAGUCUUGGAUUUGUAGUUCUGCAUCUUCUGCUGAUGCCAUUCCAUCCCUCUUCUAGAUUUAUUUUUCUGCACUGACCUAAUGUGCACUAAAAAACAAUCCAGCCUUAACCGUGUAGAAAAGGUAAAUAAUUCUUUGUUCAUAUGGGGAAGAAGUAUAUUGAUCUCCUUGGCUGCAAUGCCCGAACGUUAACUUACUGACUGUAGCAUUAUAUUGAAAACAGGUAACAAUUGCCUAAUGGCAAUUUAAUAACACUUUGUAUUACUGUAACACCCCUGUUAAAUGGUUUUCUUUUUUUCUUCUUCUGCAUACGUGGAAACAAAUGCUUUUUCUAUGUAUAUUUUUAACAUUAACCCUUUCUAUAAAUAUUAUAGGUAUUCUAAAAAAAAAUAUACUUAUAAAAAAAAUAAAGAUUUUAAACCCUC